AUGACAACCCGCCGCCACUGCCCCAACUCGUCGCCGGCGGCGGCGCUGGAGGACGACGACCUCCUCGCGGAGAUCCUCCUCCGGCUCCCCCCGCAGCCAUCCUCCCUCCCGCGCUGCUCCCUCACCUGCAGGCGCUGGCGCCGUCUCAUCCGCGACCCCGGCUUCCUCCGCCGCUUCCGCGCCCACCACCGCUCCCGCGGCACUGCCCCCGUCCUCGGUUUCUUCACCGAGGAAGACAGUGGUAUAUCCUUCCACCCUACCCUGGAUCCCCCCAACCGCGUCCCGCCCGAGCGAUUCCGCCUGCAGAUCACCGGCCGCGCGCAUAACUGCCGGAUCGUCUGCUGCCGCGACGGCCUCGUCCUGCUUGUCAACGUGCACCCGGGCCAGGUCCUGGUAUGGGACCCUGUCACCAGCGACCAGCGCAACCUGCUCCUUCCCCCGGUUUUCCGCAACAUGGACAAGAUAUACAGAGGGAUGGUGGUUCGCUCUGCUGCUGCUGUCGGAGAUGUCGACAGUUUCCAGUUCCAGGUGGUGCUCGUGCGAUGCAUCAAGGGACCUCAUGCGCGAGCGAUUGCUUGUGUUUACUCCUCGGAUACCCGCGCAUGGGGUGAUCUCAUUCAGAUAUCGACGCCGCUUCUACGCACACUUUCUGUGACCACCUCGGCCGCUUUGGUUGGGCGUUCCCUUUACUGGUCGCUUUAUGGGAAUUCGAGCAACACAGUCCUUGAGUUUGAUUUGGAUAGGCAGAACCUAGCUCUGAUUCCAUUACAUAUGGAGGGAUGGAUUAUGUCGGCAGAGGGUGGUGGACUUGGCUUGGUCUCUGUUUCAGGUCACACGGCACAACUAUGGAAGAGGGAGACUGAUUCUGAUGGUGUAGCGACAUGGAGACUGACUAAAACCAUUCAGCUGAAUAAACUUCUUCCUCUGGGGUCAGGGGACAGAUUGGACAUAGACUUCACGGACGAGAACAAUAUGCUGAUCCUGGGGACAGUUGACGGUAUCGGAAUAUUCACGGUCCACACAGAGUCAAUGCAGUGCAAGAAACUUCCUGUAGAGUUCAAAAAGAUACCCAGUGCCUUUCAACCAUUUUCAAGUGUCUAUACUCCAGAAAUGGGCGUUGGUGCUGAACAUGCUGGAGCUGAGCCCUUGAACAAUAAAUAA